GAAAUUCUAACAUACCCAUUUACACACCUUUUUUUUACACAUUUUUCACCAGUGACAGCCAUUUUCCUUAAGCAGGAUAUCUACCCCAGGUAAACAUCUUAGCCAAUCAAAGCGAGCAAGUCGCCAAACGUCAGCACUGACUAAAUAAACGCACGUUCACGCUUUGUCACCUGCUGUUGUAAAACACACCUGUGCGUGUGGGCCGGGCUGCUGGUGCACACAAGUCAAAGCUCGCGCGGCCAUGUGGACGGUCAUCUCGUACCUGCAGAGUCCAGAGCUCGUGGCCGGUUUCCAGCGUUUCUGCGGACUGGUUCCGACAGAGACGUGCUCGUACACGACUCAAAACGGACUCGCGAACGGUUUUAAGGACGGUUCGGCGAAGACACGCCGGCGCAAAGCGGAACAUGUAAACGGGACGGCCGCCUCACAUGACAGUAACUCCAACUAUAAAAUCGACAGUUUACAGUUUGACGACAAAAUCAAAGAGUCUCCCCGGUCUCGAUAUGAGGUGAAGAACUGGAUUCUCUAUGUCCUGUUUGUGGCAUCAGCUAUGCUGGGACAUGAAGUGUUUUACAUAACUUGUCUGCCCUGCAUCCACUGGAACCUCGACUCAUUCCUGUGCAGACGGCUUGUCAAUGUGUGGGUUGUGGUCAUGUAUAUUGGUCAGGCCAUGAAAGAUAUUUUAAAGCUGCCCCGUCCUCCAUCUCCCCCUGUGGUCAAACUGGAGACGCGGGUUGACGCAGAGUACGGGUUGCCAUCCACGCACGCCAUGGCGGCAACUGCCAUCUUCUUUACGCUUCUGCUCAGUGCUCAGGAAAGAGUGAAGUUCCAGUUUGAAUUGGGAUUGCUUGUGGCCGUGGUUCUGUCUGCACUGGUGUGUCUGAGUCGUCUUUAUACUGGCAUGCACUCGGCUCUGGAUGUCAUUUGUGGAGUUCUUAUUUCAGCCGGCAUCGUGAUGGUUUCAUACCCUUUCUGGGAAACCUUUGACCUCCUGCAGCUCAACAGCCCCUUCUCCCCUAUAGUGGCACUGGUACUGCCCCUCUUCCUGGGUUACAAAUACCCUGAACUGGAGCAUUACAGCACCACUCGGGGGGACACCACCAUUAUUUUAGGCUGCGCGGCGGGAAGCUCUGUCGGAUACUGGGUGAAUGAGAGAGUGGGCCUGACUUUUGAACUAGUCGGGCCUUUUCCAGUCACACUUCCGCCUCUGACCGCCACAGCUUUUGGCCUGGGUGUCGCACGUUUCCUGGUUGGGGUACUGAUGCUGGUGCUGACCCGGCAGGUGUUUCGCUGGGCGAGCCUGCGGUCGCUCUGCUGGGUUUACGGAGCGUCGGUGAGUGACAUUAAUGCUCGCAGAAGAAAAGAGAUCGAGGUGCCUUAUAAAUUCAUAACGUACACUACCAUCGGCCUGGUCAAUAGCAUGCUGGUGAGCAGAGUGUUUGUACUGAUGGGACUGCUUUGAUUUUGGUGGAUUUUCGCUGAAGAUCCACACUUCAUCAGAUCUUCUCAGGGAUUUUUUUUACCUCAAACAGUUUCUGCAGCUUUACCUUCUCACAUUAAACCAAUGACUGCACUGAAAUCAGCUUGAUUUAAAGGGGACAUGUCACAAGACUUUUUUAAGAUGUAAAAUAAAUCUUUGGUGUCCCCAGAAUACAUAUGUGAAGUUUUAGCUCAAAAUACCAUAUAUAAUUUAUUACAACAUGUUAAAAUGACCACUUUGUAGGUGUGAGCAAAAAUGUGCCGUGUCCUUUUAAAUGCAAAUGAGAUGAUGAAAUGCAAUAAGUCAUCGCCAUGAUGGUGGUUUGUUGAAAUUGAAACUCAUUUUUGCUGUGAAUUUUCUUUCUCUUUCUCUCUGCACUAAAUGGCAGUGCCGUGGAAGGGGCAGUAUUAUUAUAAUAAGAUCCCCUUCUGACAUCACAAGGGGAGCCAAUUUUAAUGACCUAAUUUUUGACAUGCUUGCAGAGAAUGGUUUACCAAACUAAGUUACUGGGUUGAUCUUUUUCACAUUUUGUAGGUUUAUAGAAGCAAUUAUAGCACUGAAACAUGGAAAAAGUCAGAUUUAUAUGGUAUGUCCCCUUUAAUGACAGAUUUCAGGAAUGACCCGUUUGCCAUUUGAUGCGUUACAAAUAGUCCCCCCUCAAACUGACACCAGUGUCAUCUAUACACUGUCGGGAAAAAAUGUAAAAAAAAAAUGGUCCCCCUAUAGCUGUCACUAGGGUUGUACCAAAAAAUGGUCCUAAUAUGUACAAUUUAUUUACAGAUAUGUAUAAAGUCAGUACAAGUAUGUACUUUUGAGGUACUUACUGUAUAUGAACUCUUUGGGUACAAAUGUGUACUUUUUAAAAGGGUACCACCCUAGUGACAGCUAGUGACCAUUUUUAACCAUUUUUUUUUACAAUGUAUGAUGACAUCAGCGCCACAUCUCCUCUUUUCAAAUGCUAUGACUGCCUAUUAUUAUGUAUUUUAUCAUGCAGAUAUUUAUUACAAAACACAUUUUGUACUUUAAUGUGCUGAAACAACACAUUUUGUGUGUUUAUGAGACACUUUCUGAUCCUGUUAAGGGAAUAAACUUGUUAAAAAUGA